AUCCUCUGGGGAGCCUCAACAUCAUGAUGCUAACGAGUCAGAGAAGAGUCUGUCCAGAUUCUAUCACCUCAAGAAACACCAGCAGAGACCCACAGGGAAGAAAUCUAUCUGCUGCUCUGACUGUGGAAAACAUUGCAAAUCUUCAACAGAACAUAAAAUACACCAGCGAACACACACAGGAGAGAAAUCUCACCACUGUUUUGAUUGUGGGAAGAGUUACUUAAGAUUAAAAUCACUAAAAGUACACCAGAGAACACACACUGGAGAGAAACCUUACAGCUGUGAUCAAUGUGGGAAGAGUUUUACUACAUCUAGCUAUCUGAUUAUACAGCAGAGAACACAUACAGGAGAGAAACCGUACAGCUGUACUCAAUGUGGGAAGAGUUUUACUCAGUCAAGCAACCUGUUAUCACACCAGAGGACACACACAGGGGAGAAAUCUUUUAGUUGUAAUCAAUGUGUGAAAAGUUUUAUUACAUCUAGUGAACUGACAGUACACCAGAGAACACACACAGGAAAGAAACCUUAUUGCUGUGAUCAAUGUGGGAAGACUUAUAUUUCAUCUUGCCAUCUGACUAGACACCAGCGAGUACACAAAGAAGAGAAACCAUUCCACUGUUCAGAUUGUGGAAAAAGAUUCUCAUCUUCACAGAAUAUGAAGAAGCACCAGAAAACACACACAGGAGAGAAACCUUAUAGCUGUAACCAAUGUGGGAAUAGUUUUUCUACAUCUAGCUAUCUCACUAUACACCAGAGAACUCACACAGGAGAGAAACCUUAUAGCUGUAACCAAUGUGGGAAUAGUUUUUCUACAUCUAGAGAUCUCACUAAACACCAGAGAACUCAUACAGGAGAGAAACCAUAUAGCUGUACUCAAUGUGGGAAGAGUUUUUCUAUGUCUAGCUAUCUCACUAUACACCAGAGAACACACACAGGAGAGAAACCUUAUAGCUGUGGUCAAUGUGGGAAGAGUUUUGCUGCAUCUAGAACUCUGACUCAACACCAGAGAAUACACACAGGAGAGAAACCUUAUUGCUGUGAUCAAUGUGGGAAGAGUUUUCGUGGAUCUGGCCAUCUAGUAUCACACCAGAGAACACACACAGGAGAGAAACCUUUUAGCUGUGAUCAAUGUGGGAAGAGUUUUACUACAUCUGGCUCGCUGACUCUACACCAGAGAACACACACAGGAGAGAAACCUUAUAGCUGUGAUCAAUGUGGGAAGAGUUUUGGUCAAUCUGGCCAUCUAGUAUCACACCAGAGAACACACACAGGAGAGAAACCUUAUAGCUGUGGUCAAUGUGGGAAGAGUUUUGCUGCAUCUAGAACUCUGACUCAACACCAGAGAACACACACAGGAGAGAAGCCUUAUAGCUGUGAUCAAUGUGGGAAUAGUUUUACUACAUCUGGCUCGCUGACUCUACACCAGAGAACACACACAGGAGAGAAACCUUAUAGCUGUGAUCAAUGUGGGAAGAGUUUUGGUCAAUCUGGCCAUCUAGUAUCACACCAGAGAACACACACAGGAGAGAAAUCUUAUAGCUGUGGUCAAUGUGGGAAGAGUUUUCGUGGAUCUGGCCAUCUGGUAUCACACCAGAGAACACACACAGGAGAGAAACCUUAUAGCUGUGAUCAAUGUGGGAAGAGUUUUACUACAUCUGGCUCUCUGACUCUACACCAGAGAACACACACAGGAGAGAAACCUUAUAGCUGUGAUCAGUGUGAGAAGAGAUUCUGUCAGAAUGUGAACCUGAAAGUACAUGAGAGAACGCAUACAGGAGAAAACCCUUAUGAAUGCUCCCACUGUGGAAAGAGUUUUACCAAGUUAGGGAACCUAAAAGAGCAUGAGAGGACACACACAAGAGAAAAGAGUUUCCAAUGUUCCCAGUGUGGAAAGAGGUUUACCCAGUUACGGUACCUGAAACAACAUGAAGAAAUACACACAGAAGAUAGGAAGACCUACCACUGCUCUCAGUGUGGAAAGAUAUUUACUGGGUUAGGUUACCUUGCUGAAAACCCUCACAAUUGUUGGCCAUCAGAUUUUGUCAUGGAGUUUUCAUUCAAUAGGGUUUAGAGUACAUUUCAUCUUAAGCCAUUCUUUUAAAUGCGGUAAUACCUUUAAUUAGAAUGUUGUACCUUUAAAUACCUUUUAAUUCUAAUUUUGUUGACGGACUCAAUAGAAUACACGGAGUCAGAAACUAGGGAUCAAUUCAAGAAAGUCAUCAUUCGUCUCUGUUUCAACACCAACUGGUAGAUUUAAAAAUACUCUGAUCUUGUAGAUUAUUUAGGUACAUUUUAGGGUUAGGAAAGUAUGUAUGAAUCAUAAAAACAAUAGUCCUAUAAAUCUACCCUAAUUCUUACUAAUCAUGGAAGUUUGAUGACAACGGCCCAAUCCUACAUUUACAUAAGUGUUCAGACCCUUAACUCAGUACUUUGAUGAAACACCUUUGGCAGCGA